UGUAAAUGGUGAGGAGAGAGGGGGGGUGGCGCUGUCUGAACAUCACCCAUUCACCAAAACAAUACACGCCCAGAGCUCGUGCAUUUGUGGCGUAACAAGCCGCGCCGGGGAUCAGGUCUGAUCACUGUCUCUCUGCUCUGGACUCUCGCUGGGUGCACAGGCCAGCCAGCACCUCGGCACCCCUCCGUGCUCCGUCCCUCCGCAGGCUCCGGGCUGCACAUAGAAAGCUCUACACGCAGGGAUCCUCUUCGAAUUACGCAGAUUCAAAGCCUGGAUGCCGAGAGAACCAGUGGCCUGCUCAUGAAGAUGCGAUAACUACGGUAAGAUUAGAGGCAUGUUAGCACCAUGAGUGCAGGUUGUGUAGCAAGAGGAGAUUGAAUGCCUCUAAAAUCUCAAGGCUUUGAGCCCUGUGCAGGGUGGUGAUGAGCAGUCAGGGCAGCAGCAGCUGGGGAAGUGGCCAGCAUGCUGACACUCCUCCCCCUCGUCACGCCCCUGGACCCAAGCUGCAGGUGCAGCGCUCCCUCUCUCGUGACACCAUCACCAUCCACUUCUCUGCUCUGGGGAAGGAGGAAGACGACGAGGAAGAGGAGCUCUACGGCGUACCUCUUGUAUCUGCUGAGGCUAAAUCGGAGCUUGAUGGUGCAGGGGAACUUCAAGGUCUAGAAGCUUCAGGGGCUGAUGACCUGUCCGUCACCGCAGGCUUGGAGGCAAACGAGGAGCUGCUGUCUGAAUCUGCUGCUGUGCUCCCUGUUUCAUCCACCACCCUGUCUGUGCAGCCCUCGGACCCCCAUCCACACACGCCCUCUCCAGCCAUGACUAUUAUCCCCACCUCUACGCAGCCCCACCUGGGCUCCACCCCUCCUGCCAGCUCCUCCUGGCCCUCUGAACGACCUUCAGCCAAUCCCCCAUCCUCGAGCUCCAGCGCCUCCUCCCCUUGCAAGUCUGCAGCUAUGUCCUCCUCCAAGCCUUUCCUCAGCCUCGUCAGGUCCUUGUCCAAUGACGUUGAGUCUCGAGAAACCACUGCUGCGCCCACCACUGUUGCGCCAUCGCAAGCACGGCACCGUCACUUAAUGAAAUCUUUUGUUAAGUCUCUUUCCACGGACACUUCAAAGGCCGAACACCAGGAAGGGCCUCUUCAUCACUUUCUUCAUCAGCCCCCUCAUCAGCAACAGCAAGCACAGCCGUCCCAGCGGCCUCCACCUCGCAACAUGCAGCUCUUCAAACAGUUCUCCCAGCCUCGCUUGUGCUCCAGCCCCGUCGUUGUCACUCAAGCAGGUGGAGACUCCAAAACAGCCCCCUCUUCCCCCAUCAUGUCCCCAGAUGGUAGGUCUUUCUUCAAGGUCCAAGAGGUGGAGGCCAGGAUAGAGGAUACCAAGCGACGGCUGUCGGAGGUGAUGUCAGAUCCCCUGCAGCUUUUUAGUAAGAUCAUGGGGGAUGAGUCUGGCGUGGGAACUGUUGGAAGUGGCGCUCAUCGUACGAAAUCGCUGUCCUCCAGUGCGUCAGAGCUCAGCGGAACGACAGCGGUAAAUGGACACACAGAGGGUAACAACAACUAUAGCAUCAAGGAGGAGGAAGGGGCAGAAGAGGAAGAAACCCUCACGGGCAAGGGCCCUGACUCUGUUUUUUUCUCUUUCCCAUCCUUGGCACCCGCCCCAGCCCUCACCCAGGCCUCCUCGUCCACUUUCCCCAGAUCUCCUUCUCUCACUCUGGGCCGAUGCUCUAUGUCGGCCCUGGUAGCUCGACAGGAAGACGAGGACUUCUGUGAACUGUACAGUGAAGACUUUGAGUUAUGUACCGACACAGAAACACCAGACGGGGAUCGUCCCAGCUCCCGGCAGCCCCAUACUGGUAGCACUGGGUUAUGUAGUGAACUUGACACAGAGGAGGAGGAGAAAGAGGAGGAGGAGGAGGAGAAGGAGGAGGAGGAGUUGGACACUGUGCCUGUGACUGGCCUCAUCUUCCUCACACAGUUGGUGUACUGGUAUAUAGUCCUUCCAGUGCCUCCAUAUAUAUGUGCGGUUGUGCAUGGGAUAGUAGCUGGGUUCAUGCUGGCCUUGCUGGUCCUCUGGCUGUCCUCUCCGCGACGCUCCUCAUCAGGGAUGAGAAGAGGGAGGGGAAGGAUAGAGCACUGGAAUGUUGCCCAGCUGGAUAUCAAAGAACCAGGAACCUUCAAGGGCUGGAUGAAUGAGAUCCACUGCUACGACCCGGAGAUGUACCACGCCACCUUGACCCACUCUGUUUACGUCCGUCUAGAGGGCUCCGUGCUGCGUCUGUCCAAGCCCAACCGGAACAUUUCCCGCCGUGCCACACACAACGAGCCUAAACCUGAUGUCACCUACAUCAGCCAGAAGAUCUAUGACCUGACGGACAGCAAGAUCUACCUGGUGCCCCAAAGCUUGGCUAGGAAGAGAGUUUGGAACAAGAAGUACCCCAUUUGCAUUGAGCUGGCCAAACAGGAUGACUUCAUGUCAAAGGCCCAGGUAGAGAAGCCUGAAGCUGGGGAGGAGAAAUUAACAGGGCUGGGUGAGAAGCUGGAACGCGUGGACAAAUGUGACAAAGUUGAAGUAUCAGGAUCAGCAGAGGAACCCAAAAGACCAACCUCUGCAGGCGGCGAUCAGACAAUCUACCUGUUUGGGAGGACGGGCCGGGAAAAGGAAGAGUGGUUCCGGAGAUUUCUUCUAGCGUCCCGAAUGAAGUCAGAGGGCAGGGGUGGCAGUCUGCCUGCCAUCUGCAAGAGUGCCUUCUUGCCCUCCCACAGCCGCAGCAGCAGCACCCAAUCCUGUGGAGGUCUGGAGGCCGACAGCAGGAGCAGCAGCCGAGGAAGCCUGGAUGAGCUGUCUCAGUCUCGCCACAGAGAGGCCUCCUCUGCUCUCAACUGUGGCUCUACUGGAGGCAUGAAGCAGAAGAUGCUGUUGGACUAUAAUGUCUUCAUGGCUAAAUAUGUCAACCCCCAGGCGCCACAGAGAAGCCCUACUGCCACUGACAGCCCUGGGCCCAGCCCCGAGAGCAGCCCCAAAACUGCGAAAAAGAGACGCAGGAGUUCGGAGGAGACUGUGGAGCCUGAGGCCUGGGUCAACGCUUUUGUGGGACGGAUGUUCUGGGACUUUCUGGGAGAGAAAUACUGGGCCAAUGUAGUCUCCAAAAAGAUCCAGAUGAAGCUCAGUAAGAUCAGGCUGCCAUAUGUUAUGAACGAACUGACGUUGACAGAGCUAGACAUGGGCUUUUCCAUUCCUAAGAUCCUCCAUGCCUCCAAACCCUCUGUGGACCACCAAGGUCUGUGGUUUGAUCUGGAGGUCUCAUACACGGGCUCCUUCCUCAUGACACUAGAGACCAAGAUGAACCUGGCCCGUCUGGGGAAGGAGGGCGAGGGACUCGGGGAGCAAGGAAAAGAGUGGCCACGGACGUACUGUCUGGCAGACAGCGAUGAGGAGUCGUCUAGUGCCGGCUCAUCGGAUGAGGAAGACCCUCCUGAACUCCUCACUGACAAAGCCAUUCUUCCUGGAGCCGAGGGCUACGUGGGAGGCCACAGGCCCAGCAAGAUCAUGCGCUUUGUGGACAAGAUAGCCAAGUCCAAGUACUUCCAGAAAGCCACAGAGACGGAGUUCAUUAAGAAGAAGAUGGAGGAGGUGUCAAACACGCCACUGCUGCUCACCGUGGAGGUGCAGGAGUUCCGUGGGACGCUGGCUGUCAACAUCCCACCUCCCCCCACGGACAGGAUAUGGUAUGGUUUCAGGAGUCCGCCUCACCUAGAGCUUAAAGCACGGCCUAAACUGGGUGAGAGGGAGGUCACUUUAGUUCAUGUGACCGACUGGAUUGAGAGGAAACUGGACCAGGAAUUCCAGAAAAUAUUUGUGAUGCCAAACAUGGAUGAUGUAUGGCUACCCAUAAUGCACUCUGCCAUGGACACACGUUCAAAUGCCAACUUAGUUACUGUGACAAAUGAUGCCUUGAAGGACCCAGAACCUGAGGAGUCUGAGGUCUCUGAAGAGUGAAGACUGCGGUUCAUAGUGCAUAAUGACGGACAUCUUAUCACCAUGGCAAUGACAAAACCUUGCCCUUCUGAGACCAACGGGUGCAGUAACAGGCCGGGCCAACUCUCCAAUAUUUUUACCCACGUUCCAGCCCCAUUGUUGGUGAACUCCUAAAUUAUCUGUGGCAACGACAAGCAGGAAAACGGAAGAGAAUUGUGACUCACAGAUUGUCCUCCGAUCACACAGUUUUAUUUGUGUGACAUAAAAUAUUAUGAUUCAUUCUCUGAUGGAAGUACGAUACAUGGGGCAUGUCGAGACUGCUUUAACAAAUGUGUGUGGUCGCGCAUCGACAAAACAGCCAUCAGAAGAACCAUAAUACCUGUGAUGUACAGCUGCACCAAACAGGAUAGUUGAACGGUGUAGAUUUCGGUGCAACCUUUCUAAUCGAGUGGUUUGUUGCUAUAACUCUACUCCACUGAAGAUGAGCGUGACUGGGUGCGCAAACG